UCAUUCCCUCAGACUGUUGCAGCACGUCCCCUUCAGGGAGAGCAAGUUGACCCAUUACCUUCAGGGCUUUUUCUGCGGUCGGGGUAAAACCUGCAUGAUCGUCAACAUCAACCAGUGUGCCUCCAUGUACGACGAGACGCUCGGCGUCCUCAAGUUCUCCGCCGUGGCCCAGAAGGUUGUAGUUUUGUUCUCAAGGCCGCUCUCCGUCAUGCCGCUGGCGUCCUCCAGUGAAGUGGCCUUAAACCCGAAUGCAGAGAGAAAAGCUCUUUACAGCAGCGACAGAAGCUCCCUGAUCGGAUGGGAGAGCAGCCUCGAUGAUGUGCAGGAGGAUGAAGACUAUGACGAAGAUGUGAGCUGCAUGGACGACACUGCAGAUCACUCUGUCAAUGAAGAUGAUGAGAAAACGGUUAUCAGUAAAGGAAAGCUGCAGGUCAGUCACUUUUUUAACUUGACGCAGAUUUAAUGCACACAAAGGAAAAUCUGUCAGGUUCUUUGAUCUUCCAGUAAAAGAGUCAAUUGUGAGUUUUUAUUUUAUUUAUUUUUUCCCCUCUUCCUUUGGCAAAAUUGAAGUCCCACACUGAUCAUUUCUUGAUCUUUUCAUUUUUAUUAUGCUGUUUUUAGCCAAAAUAAAACAUUAAAGUAAAUUUCUAGGACAUAGUUUCUGCAGAGCGGUUGGAGUUCAUCAGAAAUUUGCCUCCAAGUUGUGGGCGAGAGUAUUGGCGUAGGGUAAGCCUGCCCAGACUUCCCAUCAUCCCUUUACUCACCUCCACUAGCUUACAGCCCCUCACGACCCCAACCCAGUGUUAUGACGUAACCAAAAUGGCGUUCAGUUUUAAACCAUAUACCAGGAAAACAAAGACGUGCGUGGAUCUAUUUGUCUACAAGUGGAUGCAUCAGAAUGGGGCGGAGCAGGAAGCUUGUGGCCCGCCCAUUACAUUCUCUAAAUCAAUGUUUUUAAUCCGUGUGCCGUGGGAGAUUGUUGAUUUUCACCAUUUAUCAUCAUCCAAAAAUGCCCUGAUAAAACAUUGAGUGGUUGGGAUAUGAAAGAUCAUAAAAUACUUUUUUCUUUGUGUUUAUUUGAUUCUAUCAAAGACAUUUUGAUAAGAGACUGUACCACCAUUUGGCAGUUUUUGAAAAGUCCC